AUGUUUGGUUGCCACACCAACAGACAUCGUCACGGCGGUGCUGAAGUACCAUGUUGUGAGGGGCGCUUUCGGGGUGCGCCGGUGCGGGAGCUCGCCGCGCAGAGCGGGGGUGCGCUGCCGACACUCGAGGGGUCCACACUCCCCGUCCUCGCCGAUGGGAUCGACGACAUCACUGUUGGUACGUACGUUGAUUGAUGCAUCCGUCCAGACGACCAGGCUCAAGGCCCUGCUGGCGACGUGCAGCAUCGGCCUGGCAGCUGGAGAGGCCUACACCGUCUUCGCCUUUAUACAGACGACCAGAUCAACCAGCUGGACGCCCGCCUCAUCGAGAGAAUAGCGACCGACGAGGAGCUGGCCAGGGCAGGGAUUGCCACACCCACAGACAUCCUGACGUCCGUGCUCAAGUACCAUGUUGUGAGGGGCGCUUUCGGUGUGCGGGAGCUGGCCGCGCAGAGCGGCGGUGCGCUGUCGACACUCGAGGGGUCCACACUCCCCGUCCUCGCCGAUGGCAUCGACAACAUCACUGUUGGUACGUUGACAUGAUACACACCCGUAUACACGCACACACACACCAUACACAUCUUCGCCUGUGUGUGUGUGUGUGUGUGUGUGUAGUAGGUCGUUGCAGUCGGAGGCCUUCGAGCAGAUCGUGGGUCGCAAGGCGGACUUGAUGGGGAGGGACAUCCCCAACCUGAAGACCGAGAUCAUCCAGAAGGAGCGGUACGCCUGACGGGCUGUGGGUACUCAUCUGAGUUUUCCCAUGUCUGCUGUGACUCUCAGGAGAUCCUACGCCUGCUGAAGGCCAAGAAGGAGGCCCUCUUGGUGUGCAGAUCGCUGUCUACGUUUUAUAUUCGAUCGACUCAUGACGUCUCUUCCACCGCACUGCCUUCCCACUCCAAUGAUCCGCAAAGGGUAUGUGACCUGUCGAAAUAGACUGAUCGACUCCACUGCACGUGUCUCGCGUCUGUGUGUUCAGAGCGAUCGAAUCCAAGGCCCCUUCUACUUGAUCCAAGAUUCCCCGGCGGCCCCACAGGUGCGUAAGUGAGGGGCAAAAGAAGAGGCUCAUCAACAUUCAUUCGCUCAUGUCUCCUUCUCUUCUCCAUUUUUGUCUCCGCAUAUUCGGCCGCUUCGGCGGCCACCGAGAUCGACGAAGUGCCGCCUGAAAGUCACCGAGGUCGCCCUUUGUAGAGCAUACAGACUGACAGACGAUGAUACAAGUAGGUAUACAGACAGACUGACAAACAGAUAGACAGACUGACAGACUGACAGACAGACAAAGGGAAACAGAUCAAGGGAAAGAGACAGACCUUAGACGCAAUGUACCUGUGAGAUAUUUGUGUGUGAGUGUUGUGUGUGUGCAGGUCGGUUCGGUCCCUGGUGGGGCAAGGGGUGUUGCAAGGUGGGCUGGAUGGGUGGAUGGGAGAAGAGAGAGACACAUGGAUGGAUCUGUGUAUGGUGUGCGUUUCUGUGCCAUUGAUGGAUGGAUGGAUGGUGUCCGUUUCAGGCUACGAUUCAGCUGACAGACCUCAAAACGGUCAGGAUGAUCAAGCCGUCCUCCCUGUUCGGCCAGCAGGCUGCUCGCAACAACCACCCCAUGGUCCCUCCCAUCGCCCCGUCCUUCUCCACCCAUUCGGCAAAACACAGCUCAAGUACUCGCUCAGUGUCGGCACCACCACCACCACCAACAGCAACAACCGGCCCAUCGCCAUCCUGCCGCCGCCCAAGACCAAGCGUGCUGCCAUUCCCCCACCCCCAUCGCCCUUCGGUGGCAAGAACAGCGUUGGCGUUGGCGUGUCGGUGCAGACGAACGUGUCGCGUGUGGUACGUGGUGGGUCGCGGGGGCCCAUCCGUGUGAUACGUAUCCAGCGGUCAGUGCCCUCGAUGAUGCCUCGAUAG